AUGAAAAGCGACUUCGAAUCGCCUUAUAGGACAUCCUCCAGGAUCCUUAGUGUCAAUUCGUCCAAGAUAAAGCUCAGUGCGUUUGGACGAGCUCGCAAGAUUGGAUGCGAACGAAAUGUUGCUUCAGUGCUUCUUCAGCAACGACAAGCGCUUCGUGUUGUUGACGAAAACAUCGACGUUACACCAAAACCGUUAAUCCAUCCAACCUUCAGCGUUAUUGAUGAUAAUCAGACAACUGCUUUAGAGAGCACCGUAUUAUUCCAGACGGGAAGCGGCUCUCAAUUAAUAUCAUCUUCCUCAAGAAUCAGCGGUCUCAGAGCUAGUUCAUCCAUCCUCUUUAGAUCUUCCUCAAUGCCAUCCGAUGAUUUGCAAAUGGAGAGUUUGCUGUCAACGCAGAUGUGCGAGUUGCCUGUUGAAGAAGAUGAGGAUGUCGCUCCAUUGCCAUUUUUUUUGCCUAGUGAUGACUCAGCCAUCUUCAUGGAUCGUCCAGAAACUGUGACAAUCAUACUGAAAGAAACGCAGACAUACUUCGUUUUCGAGAUGCCGCAGAUGACCGAGGAUCUGCGAACGCCCGAAGGGCAAAUGGUUCAACAGGAAAACCAGAAUUACGAGUAUGUGACAAUAGGACCGGGCUCCAAUCGGAAAUUGUUAGAUGCUGAAACGCAAACAAUACGCGUGUUAACAAAAUCGCGCGGCACUUAUUUAGGCAUGAGGCCUCGUAGGAAUCAGGACGUAUUUGUGAACAAUUGGAUGAUUUACGAUACUUAUGCAGCACCAGAAUUGAUGACGGAGAAAAACGGACGUAUGAUUGUACAUACAAAGGAAUCGAUGAACCGGAUGCGUCAAGCACAGGAACUCCAAUAUAAGCUUCCCAAAUCUGAAGCAAUUUCAGAGGCGAGUCCUGAGGAACAAUUAUCUCAUAUUUGUCGGCAAACACGUUUCUUAGAUGCGGCAUGCGUGAUGGAACGCAUAAUCGCGAAUAAUGUAUUCGCAAUGGCACAAAAACGUUUUACCGGUUUGAUUAAGCGUGAUCCGUGCGCCCUAGAUCUAGAGUUCGAUUAUCGAUUGGAUCUGCUAUGGUCAUACGCGUGUGAAAUGAUCCGCGAUCGUCCUGUAGCAGCAUUCCGUUGCAAUCCGGCUAAUGCGACUCUUCUCGCCGUUGCUUAUGGUGCCAAGAUUGGUUCUGAUAAGACAAAUGGACUGCUGCUGAUCUGGUGUGCCAAGAAUCCCAGCCAACCUGAUCGCGAAUAUAUAUUUGACAGUCCACUGUCUAACAUUGAUUGGAGCAAGGAGCGAUCGAAUCUUUUGGCGAUCGGUUUCUAUGAUGGAAGUGUAAAAGUCAUCGAUGUCAGCACUAAAGAGGUGAAUAUCAUCAGGCAAAGUUGCAGGGAGACAUCAGUAGCUUGCUCACCACAUUGGCAGGUGCAGUGGUGGCGCGGCAAUGAACAGUUCGAUUUUCAAGAGCAGAUCUAUACCAGCGAUCAAGAAGGUCGAAUAUAUUGCUAUCGUUUUGGCGAAGAUUUCUUUCCCACGGAAAUCAUGCGCUUAUAUAGAGUCGAAGGCAAAGUAGCUGGAGUUUCUAGAACUGACCACUGCGUGGCUUACGAUGUGCCCAUUAGCCGUCAACCUGGCGCUCUUGUUCUUCGAAGGCAUCCUAAUGUCAAUAACAUUUACUACGUCGGCUCCGACGAAGGUUGUGUUUAUCGAUGUUCCACAAAUUAUUUACGUCAACACGUAGAUAGUUUCCUGGCGCAUGAUGGUCCGAUAUAUUCUCUUCAGUUUUCGCCUUUCUGUCAAAAAUUAUUUUUGACCUGCGGCGCUGAUUGGUGCACCAGGAUUUGGGCCGAAGGUCUUACUGAACCGCUUAUUACUCUGUCGACGGAGAUGGCGUGUGUGAGAAGCGCCUGCUGGAGUCCUACAUGUUCCACUAUCAUCGCCAGCAUUGUCAAUGACCAGAUUUGUGUGUGGGACAUUCAUAAAAAAAUACACAUUCCGUCAUCGGUGACACAUUCAACGAACGGAAGAAGAUUAAUCACUGCUGAAUUCACAACGAACGGGAAUCAAUUGAUAGUUGCUGAUAUCGAAGGUGUUAUUUAUAUUUACAAUCUUGAAGGCAUGCCGUUUCCGCCAUACAAUCAAGCAAAAGUGUUGAUCGAGUCUAUUCAGAAAGCACUAGUGACCAAACCAGGACUACUGAGAAAGUUGAAGAAACUCGGUCCGCCGUUCUGAUUUUUCGAUGACGCAAUAUGAUUGGCUUCCUUAUCGACUAAGGUCGAUAAGGUUCCUCCUAGCACGUAGGGACCUCUCUCGGUCUACUCAUUGUGACACCGCAAACCUAAUCGUAAUAAGAAAAAAAAAGAAAAAGUAAGAGAAAGAGAAACAGAG